AGGCAGGAAGAGGAAAGGUCAAAGCUCCCUGAGUUGUGCGCUUGCAGGCUUUGUCCAUGUCUGACAACAUGUCAAGGGCGAUGACAAAAUUCCGUCUGGCACUUAUCCAGCUCAUGGUGUCACCCCUGAAAGCCAGUAACCUCAGUAGAGUUGGACUGUUCGUGAAAGAAGCAGCUUCGAAGGGAGCAAAGGUUGUAGCGCUCCCUGAAUGUUACAAUUCUCCCUACGGAACGAAAUAUUUCUCUGAGAAUGCAGAAAGAAUCCCAGGAGAGUCGACCCAAGUGUUAUCUGAAGUAGCAAAGGACUAUAGUGUUUAUCUUAUUGGUGGGUCUAUCCCAGAGGAAGAGAAUAGCAAGCUUUACAACACCAGCACAGUGUUUGCACCCGAUGGAUCCAUGUUGCUGAAAUACCGCAAGACUCACUUGUUUGAUAUUGAUGUCCCUGGGAAAAUCCAUUUCCAGGAAUCUGAGACUCUUUCUCCUGGUAACUCAUUAUGCACCUUUGAUACACCUUGCUGCAAAGUGGGGAUAGGGAUCUGCUAUGACAUGAGGUUUGCAGAACUUGCUCAAAUUUAUACCAAAAAAGGCUGCCAGCUUCUAGUCUAUCCAGGAGCAUUCAACAUGACAACAGGCCCAGCGCAUUGGGAACUCCUACAAAGGGCAAGGGCUGUUGAUAACCAGGUAUAUGUAGCAGCAGUAUCACCUGCACGAAAUGAGAAAAGUUCUUAUGUGGCCUGGGGUCACAGCACUGUAGUAAACCCAUGGGGUGAAGUUGUAGCCAAGGCUGGUUCCGAAGAGACCAUCGUAUAUGCAGAUAUAGAUUUGAAAUAUCUUUCAGACAUUCGACAGCAGAUACCUGUUCUCAAGCAGAAACGGCAUGACCUCUACUGCGUGCAGGCAAUGAAAGAUUGAGGAUUGCAGACCUCAGAUUGAUCAGAAAUUCCCGUCCUUAAUGAUGGCAGAGUCAAUUACGAGUUCAAAAGUCAACGCAGAGACUCCUUUGACCAGAAGCACCAAGUUCCCUACCAUCUGAUCAGUCUUCAGCCAAUUCUAAUCAACUCAAGUGGCAGAGAAGUAGCUGAAACUAUUUGAUACAGCACAAAAUCCAAAGAUUUUUAAAGAUGGCAGCACAAGUAGAUAAUUUGGUUAAGAAGGCACAUGGGAUACUGGCCUUCAUUAGUCCUUGUAUGGAACACAAGAGCGGGAAGGUUAUGCUCCAACUUCAUAAAACAUUGGUCAGACCUCAGCUGGAGUACUGCAUGCAUUUCUGGUCCCUGCACUGUAGGAAGGAUGUGAU